AUGGGCUGUGGGAACAGUAAGGUGCCGCCUGGGGCAUCCAAGAGGGGCUACGUGAGUGUAGUGCAGUCGCUCGUGGCCUUUACUAAGGCACAUGAUGAUGACGAGCCGAAGAAGAGUACAGAGAAGCAAAGAGGUCCGUGGUUUUGUACCAGCGUUAAGAACCUUCAACGGGCACCAAACGUCCAGCAGCAGACGCUCAAACAUGGACGAAACCAGGACAGAGGUGCCAAGUACAAGGACAAGUUUGAUCCACGUGUGACAGCAAGAUACGACAUCAAGGCUCUGAUCGGUCGAGGAAGCUUCAGCCGCGUCGUGCGUGUGGAGCACAGGGCGACUCGCCAGCCUUUUGCCAUAAAAAUGAUGGAAGUAGAGGCCCCAGAGGGCCGUGAGGUGUGCGCCUCGGAGCUGGCGGUGCUGCAGCGGGUGAGCCACACUAAUGUGAUUCAGCUGAUUGAGGUGUUUCAGUUCCCGCAGAGGGUUUAUAUGGUGCUGGAACUGGCCACAGGAGGGGAGCUGUUGGAUCGCGUCGUCAGCAGGGGCCAUUUCACAGAGAGGGACGCUACCCUGGCCCUCCGGAUGGUGCUGGCUGGGGUGGGAUACCUGCACAACCUGGGUAUCACCCACAGAGACCUGAAGCCUGAGAAUCUUCUGUACUACCACCCCGGGGCCGACUCCAGACUGCUUGUUACCGACUUUGGAUUGGCUACUUUUGGCGGCACAGGAGCAGGGUCUGAGGUUUCAGGCCGUGAGGGGAGCGAUGGCGGAGAUGAUGCCGGAGCAGACAGAACUUGGUCCCUCAGAACCACGUGUGGAACUCCCGAGUACCUGGCCCCUGAGGUGUUGCUGAGGAGACCCUAUUCCUGUGCAGUGGACAUGUGGGCCGUGGGGGUGAUCGCCUACAUUGUGCUGAGUGGAUCCAUGCCGUUUGAGGACGACAGUCGCACACGGCUCUUCAGAUCCAUUGUGAGAGGAAAAUACAGUUUCCAUGGAGAUCCUUGGCCCUCCGUGUCCAACCUGGCCAAGGACUUUAUCCGGCGCCUGCUGCCAUUGGACCCGACCGCCCGCCUGACGGCUGACCAAGCCAUCCAUCACCCGUGGGUGGUCACCAUGGCAGCCAGCUCCUCCGUGAGGAACCUCCAUCGAUCUAUUUCUCAGAACCUCAGGCAGCGGGCGUCGCGCAGCUCCUCCCGGGGCUCCAGCAGAACUGUGAGCUCCGCCGACUCCAGCGGCGUAGGGCCUGGAAAGGCUAACGUGGCUGGAGAAAAACCAAAAGCGGCAGCUAGGCAGAGCAUCUGGACUGAGUCAGCCUCAGAGAGCCAUGCAACAGCCAGCCAGAGGGCUCCAGGAGCAUCAUCGCCAUCCAACUGA